AUUAUCGUUGCCAAUACUGAACACUAAAGAAGGACAGUAAAAACAGUCAAAUAGUAAACACCGACGUCAACGAAGUGUAUUUGUGUUUGUCACCUGUUUGACGAGAAGGUGGAAGGUUUUUAACAAAAUGAGGGCAGAAGAGGUACGUAGCCAGUAAACCCUUGGCAGCUGUCAGACGCUGCAAUGUCGUCUGACUUGGAACCCCACUGCGCCGUCUCCCGGCGGAUGGUGCUUCACGUUCUGGACGCGACCAGCCUAGCGGUCGUCCUCAUCAUCCAGGGCAGCAUCCUCAACUUCUACAUCAUCUCCUACUACAAGACCAACGUGUCGGGGUACUUCUGGUUCAUCGGGGACUUCACGGCGCUGUUCAUCUUUGCGGCGGCCCUCACCAUCUCUUACCAGUACAUCUCCUACCUGGAGAGCAAUGACCGAGGAAGCAGCUUCAGUCUCACCCCCAAGAUCAUGUGCACGUACUACCCCUCGUCCAAGCUGGGGAUCCUGCCGCUCAGCUACGUGUCCUGGCUGCUCUACUCGGGUCUCAUGGUGGCCAAGGUCAUAGUGAUCUUCAAGUCGGACAUCCCGGACGACCUGAAGACCACGGAGCUGUUCGGCCCGAAGCUGCUCCAGAUAGCCAUCGCGGCCUCCGGCGUGAUCUUCCUGCUGCUGGCGGAGGGGCACAGCCCCGCCAAGCGCCACACGCUCCAGCACGCCUACGUCACCUCCACCUGCACCAAGACCGGCAUCGAGAUCCUCGACUCCGUGGACCUGCUGCAGCUGCUGUUGGUCAACGAGACGCUCAUGGUGCUCACGUUCGAGCUGGAGAACGCGGUGCUGUUCCUCUGCUCGUUCACGUUCCUGUUCCCGGCGCUGGCGCUGUACCGCCUCAGCCUCUCGGACGAAGUGGCGGAGCGCACCGCGGUGCCACUCAAGGUGGUAUACGAUAUUUGCCACCUUCUGUUCCUUGAUGUGCCGUUCCUGGUGCUGCGUAUCUACAUCUGGUACUACUACCACAAGGAUGCCUCCGUGUUCGUGGUGAAGAAUACCUUCGGAAUAAUCGGAGCGCUGCGCAGCUUGUGCCCCGACAUCGGUGAGAUCAUCCAGAGAACCAGGAAGACGGCGCAGACGGCCGGGGGCGGUGGCAACGGCUACCUGCAGUCCCCGACGGGGGAGCCAGAGGCCGUGGAGAUGCGCGAGCUGACACGGCCGCUGGAGCACGGCUGAGCGAGGUGGCUGGCACACGAAUCCCACGGAGUGUUUGUAGAAGGUACUACAGAGGCGUGUAGGACUUCCUAUUCAAGGAAGGCGUAGUUCAGGCACACUUCUAGAGUAAGAUAAAACAAAAUUGUACAAAGAAAAAUAUGAAAUAACAUUUUUGGAAGGCAAUGGUUGAUAUUUUCAUACAUAUACAUAUUACAAAACCUUUUUGUGUUUUUGAUGAAUUGAGAACUAAUGCUGGUACAUGUUCUUUCUUGUUCAGUGUUGAGGUCAUCGGUAGCUGGUAAGACAGUUUUUGUUCAUGUUACUGUGCACAUUUAAGUCACUUUUGCUGUUUAAUGAAAUUAUUCUUUCGAAAUAUUACUCUAUGUGUAGUUAUGUGUAUUGUGGUAAGCUUUAAUGUGCAUAAAUAUAGGCCUAUAUUUUAAUAGUAUUCUAGGAUAUAGGUAGUUUUUUUUUCUUUCAAUUUUUAAACCCUUUCUUUAGUAGUUUUUUAAUUUUUAAUAAUUUUUUUUAGUGAGCAGGUUAGUUGCUUUUAAGUGCUGUGUGCGGUUUUUUUUUUUUAAUUUGUGUAAAAUAUAACAGACAUUGAAGAAAUUAAGCAUGCAGAAGAAAUGUGUUUUUAGGAAAGCAUUUUACAUUUGCUGGGUGUAUGAAUGUGUUGUAUGUAGCAUUUUAUAUGUUCAGGCUUAAGGUAAUGCUAGUCCCAUUUUGUACUGAAAUUUAUCUGUUUUUACCUUAGCUUCAAAUUAUGUGUGGGCAUUUUUAAAUGUCACAGCAAAUGAGUAAAGACUGGCUAUUAUCAAACAUAUAGUUGCAUGUGUUUAGAGGUAUAAUACAUAUAAAUAAUUUUAUAAUCUUGUUUGAGCUUUGAAUUUUUGUUCAUCCUAAUUUUUAAGAGUUUAUUUUUAAAUAUUCAUAUAUGAAAUUAAAACAUUUUUAAUCAACUUGUUUAUAGCUGUUGAUUUUUUAAUAGAAGUUUCAGAUUGGGUACAUAGUAUUAUUUUAUAUUAAAUGUAUAAAUUUAUUUAUUUUAGUUUUUGGUUAAUUUCACAGUUUUAAUUUUAUAUCAUUGUAGUUUGUAAUUUCUUGAACUGUUUGUUUAUUAUACAUGCAUAGUCAGAAUGCAUAAAUAACAAAAUUAGUAUUUAUAUGUCUGUACCAGUACACAUUAGGAAACUUGAGAUUGUUCACUUGUGCUUAUUUAUUGGCACUCUGCAGGAAAGAGCAAUAUUUUAUUUUAUUUUAGUGAGCCACUUCAAGCUUAGAAGUGUGGUGUAUGGUCUGCAGAAGUACAAGCUAUUUAAGCCUUAAAUAUGUAGGGUAACGAAACUGGCUUUUCACACUGGCAAAUAAAGUAGUGUGUUACUGCUAGCUUCUGAAUGUAGAUCACACAGAGGUGAUAAAGCUCUUUGCUUAAUUAUUACAUCUGAUCCUUAGAUUGCAAUUUAUAGUUUAAUAGGCAUUUACUCUUUCUUUCCUAUACACAAUUUCUGCUGUUAGUGCUCUCCAUGUUCAUACUUUCUCUGUUGCAAUAUAGCCUAAAAAUUUUAAUUGAGAAUUUCAGAAAUACAUUUUAGUUUUGUAGUUGGAAGCAGCAUAUUGAAAUUCUGUCUCUAAGGUCAUUUUAAGGGUGCAAAACAUUUAAAACUUAAAUAUUGAUGCAUAUCGAAACACAUCAAAUCACAACUGCUCAAAUAUGACCAAAUUUUAUUGAAAUGUUUAAGGCAAGUAGAUCUAUAUUUUUGGAUGUUACAGAAGUAUGCUUAAUCUUAACUUUUUGCUUUUUACAAAGUAAUUAAUUAUUUUCAUGCCUGAGGAGGUUAUAUUUAUGAAGGUACACAUUGAAAAAUACUUUUGGCCAAACUUUUUGUUUUUACAUAUAUAUGGCCGACAAAAGUGUGAAAUGUGUAGAGAAGGAAGGAAUUGAAAACAUUUUCAAACUAAACAUCAUAGUAAUAGUUUUGUAAGUUAUUAUUUUCUUCAUAAAUGCGAGCAUGCACUGGAGUCGGAUAUUAAGCGGUGGAUAGCUCACAAGUGACACACUAAACCGAACUGAUUCAUUUAUUUUUUGCUUGCUUAAAAUUCUUUCCUCCUGAUAUCAAAUUACUGAUGUUAAUUAAAAGCUUCUGAAGCAUCCUACUGUUUAAAAUAUGACAUAAACGUCUGCAAAAUUAAAACCGAAAACAAAAAAAAAAUUGUAGUAAAUAGAUAAAUGAAUACAGGGAUAUCAUUGCUAGUUCUUUACAACAUACAUUUCACAUUUUGUUGUGUUAAAUUGUGAUAUACAAAGUUUAAAGUUAUAAUAUUUACUAGUUUAUGCUUACAUUUGUAGAGAACAAUUUUUGUCAUUUAUAGUACAUGGUUAUUUUUUUAACAAAUUUUUAUAGCUAUUAAUUUGUUUUGUAAUUUAAAAUGAGUUUACAUAAGUGUAUCUGCAUAAGUAUAGCCUAAAAAACUAAAAUUUUAAUGUAAAUAAAUAUUUAUGCAUUCAUUAAUCAGUGGAGCUCAACUUCUCAACAACUGGCAUUAUUGAUCUUGCAAAAGCGCACAGCAUUUUUUCUGCAUUAAAAUGUUUAAUACAAUUGAUAGUCAAAUAGAUUAUUUGUAGUAAUCUAAACACACAGUGAAUUAACAGAAAAUGAACAAAUCAUCAGAGAUUUCUCAAUGUUGUAGAUAUACUUAUAUGUAUGUACUGUAUUCUGUUUGGAAUUGUUAGUAAUUCAACAGGUGCUAUUUUCAACUAUUUUACAACUAACUAUGGUAAUAUUUUCAUAGGAACUGAAGAGCUUUUACCAAGCGACAAACAACGAACACAAAUAACAAAGGUGUCAUCUAUUUAGAUCUGAUAGAAAUUCAUUGUUUCUUAAUUUAUUAAGUAUGUUUUAAAUAAUAUUUAAGUAGUCAGACUGAUCUCAUGACUGUUGUAAUGUUCUCUUGCAGUAGAGGUAAGUGACUGAGUGAAAAAUCUUUUAGACAGAAACCAUUGCACAUCUGCUGGAGUUUUAAAACAUGUACUUGAUUCAAAACAUGAGCUUUCUGGGACCAAAAUCUGCAUUAUUUUCUAAAGCCAGGUUAGACUUCACAAAUGUGUGUAUUAGGGUUGGAUCGAUUCUACAUUUCUUUGAUUCCAAUUCCACAAUUUCCCUCAAUUCUGGAUUAUUGAAAUUCAAGAAGAAGAUUAACACUUAAGAAGUCUAAAUAUACAUACGUUUUCUGAAAAUUUACAUUUUAAAAUCUUGCAAGUAUUGCGAAAUACAUAAUUAAAACUGCUCAAAAUCCGUGAUUUUGUGUUCUUGUGAAAUUCCUCUCUCCUGCCAUGAUCUUUUUUGUCCUAUUUGUUUUAUUUCAAUUGAUUUACAAACGUGAAAGUUUACAUUGAAAUUAAAACACUUAACUGAUGAGAUAUUUUGUGUUUAUCGUGAUUCAAAUGCACAAUAGAUUUAAUAACAACGCAAGCUAUUGUGGUAAUGGCAAAUAAAACAUUAACACAAACUGAAAAUAGUGCAUUUUGUUAAAAAAUUGGUUAACACAUGAAAAGCAACUUGUGAUCAAAAAUAAAUAGCAUUCAAUUUAAUGACUUUAUAUAUGUGUAAAUCCAAUUUUUAACUAAUUUCUUCCAAGCGAAAAAUAUAUAGAUAAAAUUAUCAAAAAUAUAACGUGAAAUUAACUUUAGUAAACAAAAGAUUUAAAAAAAAACAUGGUUGGCCAGCCUGUGUUAAAUUAUUUACUUCAACAUGGUAUAAUGAUUGCUGUUCAAUGUUGGCAGUGAAAUAUAGUAUUUCAACAAGUGGAGAGCAAAGUUACAUUAAUGUUGUAUCUACGAAAUAAAGCUGUUAUAUUGAAAUGAGUUAACAAUGUUUUCACCGCAAGCAUAGAAAUCUAACUUUGGUUAGUAGGUACAGUGUUAUAUAUGAGCAUAGGUGAUUGCGUUGUGAUUUAACCUUAAAUUUAUUUACAGCUUGAGAAUCUACGGUUAUGAUUCCAGGUAGAAUCGGUGGAAUCGAAGCACCAGAAUCGACAUGCCUAUCCCGAGUGUGUAUAGUUAAGUCAAUGUCAUUUGUUUGUUGGCUGUUGCAUACUUGAAUUUCUCUUCAAGCUGCGCUUGAUUCUCGGAUAAUUUUUGUGUGUUUUCUCAUAGCAUUUUAGUUCUUCACUGGGUAUAGAAUUACAAGUAAUCCAAUAAUGAGGAACACUCAAGUUCCUUUACAAUCUAGACUGUAGCCAAAUUAAAAAAAAACUUAUUUCACGAAUUUUUAACAAUUGCUGUGGCGCAUGACCAAAAUUUGCACUCCCUGAUCUUUUUAAUUUUUUUGUUUUCAUCUUAAAAGCAAAUACAGCAUUUUUAUUUGUAUCAAAAGUCUUCCAUAUACCCUGAUGGACAUUGAACUGCUGGGGCUGCUUAGAAAAUAAGUUUUUUAAAAGAAUAGCACAGGUGUGUUGUGUGUAUGUGGCAGAGUUACAGUCAUAAUUUCAUUUGGAUGUCUGUACGUUCAUUUGUGGUUUGUUCCUAUUUUAUGUUAUAUCAUGAUAAUUUUUGUGAGAGAGCUUAGCUGCAUUCAUUAGUCUCCUCAUGUCAUUACAUUUGUGGCAUACAUUUGUGUAUAUGCUGUAAGACAUAGUAUUACAUAGCCCAGUUUGUUUUUCGUCUUCCAAACCACUUUCUUCCAGUAAUUUUAUUACUAUGCUGUUAUUUACAUGUUGGUCUUCCUCACUUUCUUCCAAUUGGCUUUGUCUACUCUUUUAUUUUAGUUUCUGUUUUUUGGAGCAUUUCUUUGGUGCUGAUUAAUUUCUGACCUUAUCUGGACCACAUACUUGACUGAUAACAGAAAUAUUACUUUUUUACCAUCUGCAUAAAAUAUUCUACACUUGCACUAGUAAAAAUGAUUUCUAAGGCUGUUUAAAUGAAAUGGCAAAAUAAUUUAACAUAUCAAGUUGUAACAUUAGUUAGGCAGCUUUUAUCAUGGUAGAGCAAUAAGUAAGUUAUUGUAAAAAUGUACUUUAGAGUUUACAUGCAUAAAAAUGUGUAAUUAAAAUAUUUGUAAAGCUUUUUCUAAAAAAUGUUAGUCUUGCAGUAAUAUAAAUUGGGGUUUUUACAGACAUUUAUGUAUGUUAUUUAAUACAUCAUUGAAAACCAGUGUUCAGAAGUGUUCAAAAACCAAGAAAAAAAAUAUUUUAUAAAGUGGUUGUAUACAGUGGCAGAUCUAGGUAAGGGGGCUCACAUAUAAAAAAACUAUUGUUUUUCUUAGAAUAUUUAAUUUUAUUAAGUACAAUUGGCAACUAGGAGGAAGUUGCUCCCGAUCUCCUACACCCCCUCCCCCAUGUUAUGAUUUGCCACUGGUUUUGUUACUUUUUCUGUCCAAGUGAUGAUUCACCGAAGUCUUGACCUAAUCCUUGCAAAACAUUUAAUUAUUUAUUCACUUAACUUGGACAGAUACGUGUAAGUUAGUUUGAUAUAUCGUAAGUGGAUUGGUAGUUUUUAUUACAUUUUUUCUUCAGCUUGUGUUUAGCUGUGUUUGUAGGGUAGUCUGCAGUAUGUGUAUGUGUUCAUUGAUGUUCCUUUCCAUGCUUGCCUCCAAUUUGUGGCACACUUUGUUGAAUAGCAUUUUGUAUGCUUAGUUAGAAAUAGUGGUGUGUACUGCUUUUUGAAUUAUGAAUUUUGAAUCUGUGCUGUAAUUAUUUAUACAUUAAUGUCAAUAAUGCAUUGUUGAUUCUUACAAAUAAUUUAGUUUUUCUUCAAGUUCUCUCAGUCAUAAUGAUUAUAAAUAUUGAUUUUAGGAAAUGUAAAUUGUUUAUUCAUAAUGUUUUCACUCCUGUGGUAUUUCAAACUAAAACAGUUAUUAUUGUUUGUAUUAUUGCAUUUUACUUCAUGUUGCAUUUGAAAAUAUUUCUGUAGAAUUUAAUUCUUUUUAUAAUUUAUAUUAGUUGUAUUCAACAGAUUUUGUGUAUAGAAUGUAUUUAUGAAUUUCAUGUAUCGGAACAUUUAGUGAUGUUGAUUCCAUAUGUCAGAGUCUUUCCAUUUGUAUAUUAGGUAUGAAUUAAUUAUUGAAAAACAUUAUGUCAGUCAUGAAUGAAUUUUUCAAUCACAUUCAGAGGUCUUAAUGUUUUUAUCUCUUUUACAGAUUAAAUUUUUUUAUGUGUUUAUUUGCGUUGUUAUUACUUCAAAAAAUUGCAUUUUUAUGAAUAAUAAAUGCUUUGUAGAAAGUUCACACCUGUCAAAGUGUUCCCCAAGUAGAGCUAUAAAUAAUAUAGUUUGUGUUAUUAACUGCAUCUUCACUCUUGAGUUAAGCACUGCUUAACGUUGACUUAUGGGGAGUCUCUCUUUGCAUUCUUUUGCUACUGGUUGUAAAUCUCAAUUUAAUGCUGCAUGCUCCUGCCUAGUGGUUUGAUCAAAUUGUCAGCUUACCUAUUUGAGAAGAGAUCUGUAAUUUUUUCUGGACUUAACUAAGUGCUGACAAAUUUCCGGGAAGUACCUACAUAUUCUUGAUGAUUUUGUCCAGGUGUUGAGAACUGCAUAAGUUCAUACAUAAGUUCUGCAUAACUGCAUAAAUUCAUUAUGUGCAAGAUGAGAAAUUUGAUUUCUGAAAUAUUCAUUUAAACUAUAAAAGUGAGCAUGUUCACAAAUUUUUAAUAUUUUUAUUCUUAAUAAGCUGAGAAAAAGAGUUUGAUUUUAUUAAGUGUAUUAUUGUAGCCAAAUGUAAUGAAACAACAAAUGUGUUAGUUAACAUACCUAAUCAAAAUUAAUGAUAAUUGUGUAAGGUUUGCCAUUUUACAAAAUUUAUUUUUAAUGAAGUUGAAAAGAAGUGAGUGGGAUUUUAUUAACAUUAAAUGUAACUCCAAAUACAAUUUAAUGAGAAACAAGAUUUGGGCACGUGUAGUAUACAUUACAAAUGAGCAGGCUUAUAUAAUUACCAUUUUCUAAAUUCCAUCCCUGAAUGAUUUUGUAUUGACUGAAACCCACAUAAAAAUGAUAUUCCAUUGAAUAUAUUGCUGUAAUUAGAAAUUUUGGUGUUUGUUACAUUAUCUUCCUACAACAUUGCAAUAUUAACACAGCACUUAAAUUUACUUAACUGAAGCUGUGGGUGCUAAGCUAGUAAUUUAUAAAAUAACAAGGGGAAAUAAAACUUGAUUAGGUUUCAAUCAUUUAUGCAUAUGAAGAUAGGAUCUACUUUUCCUCAUAUAUAUUUUUGUCUGGAUUUACUAGGGAGUUUGCAUAUGUAAAGAGAGAGACUGAUUUUUUGAAAGUUUUAAUGGCGGAGCAAUUGUAAAUGCAAUUUUAAUUUGGCUGCUUUUACAUACCUUAAAUAUAGACACAUUAUCAUAGUCACUUGCUAUUUAUCUGUUUUUGUAUUAGCAAUAGUUUAAGUAACUUGCCAUAACACCGGCUUUACACAUAGUAAAGAGGCUUCAUUUGGGGUGUUAGGGACUCAUUUUCCAAAAUCUUAGGUUGAUGGUGAUUUUCCUCUUAUUUUGGUCAAUAAAACUGUGUAUUUUACUUACAUAGAAAACCAACACCCAAAUAUUCUUGUCUGUAUAUUUCGAACCUAUUUUUUACAAAGCUUGAUGGUACACACUUUUUUUUUAAUUUUAAUUUUUAUUUUAUUUUAUCUAUCAGUCCAUAGCACAAACAAUUUUAAGUGUCAACUUUUGAGCCAGUUACGUAUAAUUGGCCAUGUGAAAAACAUGGUUUUUCCAGGUUAAUAAUUUCCACAAAGAGUGAUUGCCCUUGUGCCUUGUUGAUACUCGUAACGAAGGUAAGCUGCAAUCACUUGAAAUUGAAGGGUGUAUUUGCAUCACUGGGUAUUAUUGCAAGAAAUUAAUAUGUCUUCACCUGCAACAUUCCCAUUGAUAAUGAUGGCCUUUAUGCUCUCUGGCACAAAAGGAUUAAGAGUUUGGAAAGGGAGUUGUUUUUGAAGUGAAACUUAUUGGGCAUGAUGUUAAUAAAAUUUCAAGGCCAAAUUUUAAUGCAACGUUUCUGACGCGAAAAUCACAAGAAUAAGUACUUGAUCAGAGAGAGAGAGAGCGCGCACUAUACUAUAUACGUUGAGCUCAAUUUAGUUCUCCUCUUGGUGCAAUGAUUCAUCCCCCGCCUAAAAAAAAAGAACCGAAAGAGAUAGAUGAACGAAAGAAAAAGACAGUGUGUGUGCACACGCAUGUGCUUGUUUCAGGGAAUAGAUAUAGGUAUACUAUACAGUAAGCUGUGAAUGUCUUGAAUUUUAUAGUUGCUACAGCACGCUCACGUUCCUCCUUGUUCAACCAGCAGUGUAGAGCGCGCUGUUGAGACAGUCCCUGCAGUUCCCGCAUAGAUACUUGUUAUGAAUUUCAUAUUUUGUUCAGACAUUUAGCAUGUUUCAAAUGGAAAAUUGUUUGGGAAAACAGUAACAUGCACAGUUUUUCUGUAUGGUGUAUUUCAACAGUAAGUAAUAUUCAUUUAUAAAAUUGUUUCUUUCUCUCUCCUUUUCUCUCUCCUGUUCUCUCUCCUGUUUUACCCCUUACUAUAUAUGUACUUAUGAGUUGAGGUUUGAAUUGCCAUAGUAGUUUCACUUCUAUCACGUGGACCAAGCUCACGUGCUCUUUCUCCUUCCGCCCCCCCAUCCCCUUUCCAGAAAUUAGUUUAGGCUUAAUUUUUCACUUAUUUUGAAAAUCAAGUAUGCAAAAUUUCAUGAAGAACUAUUAAAUUCGGUUUUAAGAUGUGGUAAAGGGAUUUUUUUUUUUUAUCUCAUGAGACAGGGAGGUAGGGGUAGUUUUUUCAGAAACCCACUGUUAGUAUUAAUUUUCUUCUUAUUUUGAACUUUGUGUGUGCAACAUGUAAUCAAGAAGUACCAACAUUCUGCUUUAUGGAGUGGGAAAGGAUAAUGGGGAUUGUUUUUAGAAGUAUGUAGACAGCAACCUUGCUAUUUUUUUUUUCAAACUCAGUUUGUAAAUGGCGAUAUACCUCCUACCUCUGAGCUUCAUCACAGUCUUCUGCCUUGCUAGCUUCAAAAUCUUUUUUAUUAAUCUCAUUUUCUAUAAAGCUGUUGUCAUGUUAUCCAGUAAUACACUCAAUCCUUCAACUUGUGUAGGAAAAAAAUACAUCAGUGAAUUCUGUAGGAAGGUCAAUUCCUUUAUGUCUCAUCUUAUGAAACUCAUCAACAUUUUCUUCCUGUUGAAUGAGAUCUUGUUUCCAUUUCUUUGAUGGCAGAAUCUCAUUAACUUUAAAUGUAGGCGAUGCGAUAAUUUUCACCAAAUCCACUUACAUUCCACCCAAGCACUAAUUUUUUCUCAGCAGACAAAAAAAUUGUUCCUUCGCAGACCUUUAAGUUUGUUUUUUUAAUCAUCACUUUGUCCAAACUGAAAGCGCCAC